AUGUCAAUUAGAUCCAUAGCUAAAAUUGUUACUUCAAAGCAAAAAACUGAGGGUUCAGGAGCAAUUGUUCAUCGAUCAUUAGGUAUUUAUCAACAACGGAAAUACAAUCCAUUCUUAUUAUUUGAUCACUUUAUAGGUGCAAACAACCAUGGUUUUCCUGCUCAUCCUCAUCAGGGACACGAAACAAUAACCUACGUUUUGAAUGGAGCAGUCGCUCAUGAAGAUUUUACAGGGGCAAGGGGAAUGCUCUACAAAGGUGAUUUACAAUUUAUGACUGCUGGUAAAGGAAUAAUGCAUUCGGAAAUGCCCGUAUCAAAAAAUGAAGAAUCACCUACUGUGGGACUACAAUUAUGGGUCGAUUUACCUGAAAACAAACGGAAUAUAGAUCCCAAUUAUCGCGAUUUAAGAGAGUGGGAAAUACCUGAAGUUGUGGCUGAUGAUGGUAAAGUUAGUGUUAAAGUUAUUUCUGGAAAAAGUUAUGGAAUAGAAUCAAUCAAACAAUUGGCAUAUAUCCCCAUUGAUUAUUUCCACUACAAAAUAAAACCUGGAGGUCAAUUUAAACAAGAAUUCAGAUCAGAUUUUAACUACUUUUUGUAUGUGAUCAGAGGAACUACACUUGAAUUAAACAAUAAUACAAAAGUUGAACAAUACCAAAAUGUAUAUUUUGAAGAAACAGGAGAUUUUAUAACUGGUAGAAAUAUCACCACAAAACCUGACGAAGAAGUAGAAUUUGCAAUCAUUGGUGGCAAAAAACUAGAUCAAGAUGUCUACAUCUUUGGGACAUUUGCGGCUGAUACUGAGGAAAACAUGAAAAAGGGGUUUCAAGAUUAUAAGAAUCAACGUAAUGGAUUUGAAAAAAUAAAAACUUGGAAGUCGUUGAUUAGUAAAGGUGUAACCCAAGAAAUGAUUGAUGGCCCGUUAAACGGAAACUUGGAACUACGUGAAAAGAAUAAGAAUGACUAUUUGAAAAGUCUACAGACCCGUGAAAACAUACUUGUGUAG